CUAUAGCAGCCGAGCAGAGUCGAUCAGAAUGAGAUUACUCCAAAUGAAGCAGCUUCAACAUGUCGCCUUUCCCUCAAAAUCCAUCAUCUCAUUCGUCUUCCAAACUCCCAUUGCACCACUAUCUUCUUCUGCUUCUUCUUCUUCUUCUUCUUCUAGUGAAGCUUCUCCUGCAUCAAAACCCAUCACCAACUCAAGUCUAACUCAAGAAGAGCUCACAAAGAUCAACCUCCUCCUCCCACGCCUCUGCCUCUCAAACCACCUUCCCACAGCAAUCCACCUCACCUCCACAGUCCUCCUCACAAACCCACCUCCCAAAUCCCUUUCUCUUUCCAUUCUCGUCGACUCCCUCACUUCCCAGCCCGACAUGUCCCUCCCCAUGUCCCUCCUCACCCACCUCAAGCACAAUCCAGCGGCGCAUUCUCACCUCAUCCACAUCACCACCAUGCUCAUUGCUUCGUAUUUCAAGAAGUACAAGCCCAAGGAGGCCUUGAAAGUCUUCGACUGGAUGGUGAGGCGGGGCUCGCCGUGUGUGCUGGAUGAGAAGGUUUGCGGAAUUCUUGUUUAUGGGUUUUGUAAGCAGGGGAUGGUUCUUGAGGCCUUGAAGGUUUUGAGGGCGAUGUUGGGUGUGAAUUUGGUGCCGGGAAGAGAUUUAGGGACGAGGGUUUAUAGGGGUUUGCUGAGAGAGGCAAGGAUUAAGGAAGCGCUGGAAUUAAAUGAGGCUUUGGGCUUGGUUAAGGAUGUUGGUGGUGAUGAGGCUGUGAAGAAGGCUUUGGGAUUGUUGGAUCACAUGAUUGCGCUUUGGACAGACUAGAACAGUUUUUUCAGCAACCAACCAAUUUUGUGGAGGAAAGCAACAAAGCCAUGCUGAUGACGAUGCUGUGCUACAUGAAGAAUGUAUUCGUCUAGAACAUCUUCAAUAUGAAAGGCUGCCUCCCUCACUUGCUUCACCCACACUUUCAUGCCAUCUUGGAGGUCUCCUCCUUUCUUGGCCCGUGCAUCGACAUCUUUCAGGAAACAGUUGAUGCUCUCCAGUUCAUCACUAAUACCCACAAUUUACCUGUGGACACCGUUAAGCAGUUUUGCUUCUUGAACAAGCAACUGAACCAACUUGUCAAUGAGGAGGGUCACAGCUAUCUCUGCCAUUGUUUCCUGGCUUCGAAAUCUGGUUAAUGAUACUGUUGGCAUUAUCAAUGAAUUUUGCUUUAACUAUAUAUGCCACAUUAGAAAGUGAAAUGAAGUUUUUCUUGUAUACUUGAUGCGUGCCUAGAGUAGCUUAUGCUUUUAAUGAUAUAUGGAUUACUUUUAUAAAAGUGGAAUGGAGCUCUUCUGGUAAUGCUUGUCGUAUA